AUGGAAAAUAACAUAGGAACACAAAAACAUGAUUGGUAUGAACAUAAUUGCGAAGCUUAUUUCAAGAAAUGUUUUGGGUCGGUAAUAAAAGAAGGAGAAGAUAAUGAAAUUAUGAAAAAAGUUACAUUUCUGAAGGAUAAUAUUACGAUUAAAAAAAUAGAAUUAAACAAACAGAUAAAUGAAGAAACACAAAAUCUUAAAGAAAGAAUCAAACAUUUAAAGAUACAUACAGAUGAUAUUGUUAAACAACUUUUUGAUAUGGAUAUAAUAAAUAAAAAGAAACAAAAAAAAAAAAAAAUUAUGAACAAGUCAGGCAAAAAAGAUGAUAAAAAUGAAAGAUUUGAAAAAAAAUAUAAUAUGGAUGAUGAGAACGUAAAGAAAGAAAAUGAAAUGGAUAGAGAUACUUUAACUUUUCCUUCUGAUUCUAUAAUAAAAAGUGAUGAUAAUAAAUAUAUAGAUGAUAAUAAAUAUAUAGAUGAUAAUAAUAUAGAUAAGUUAUAUGAAAAUAUGAAUGAUAAGAUAAAAGAGGAGACAUAUAAUUCUAGCGAUGUGUGUAGUGAAGAUGAAUAUUUUGAAGAGAAAGAAUUACAUAAUAUGGAUUUUGAGAACUUGUUAAAAAAAUGUAUUGAAGAGAAGAAAAGAUUAGAAAAUAUAAAGAGAGGGUUAACAUUUUUAAAAUGUUAUCCAAUGAUAAAGAAUGAAAUCAAUGAAUUAUUUUUAACAUCUUAUAAUAUAAAAUUAAAUAUUGAAGAAAAAAUAAAGAAUAUAAAAUUAUUACAUAAGCAUUUAAUAUAUAUUAAUGAAAAUGAAGAUAUAAUUAAUUAUAUUAAAACAUCAUGUUCUCAUGACAUAUCUUUAUAUACAAAUAAAUUCUUUAAUGAUUUCUUUUAUAUAUUAAACGAUAUAUUAUCUAUAUAUAUCAUAGAAAAUAUAGAUAUUCCACUUAAUGAUAUAUUAAAAAUAUUUGUAGAUUUAUAUGACAUAUAUUUGAGUUUUCUAUCAAAAAAAACAACAAAUUAUACAUGUGAAUUCUUAAUUAAUGAAUUAAUAAAAAAAAUGGUUCAUUUUAUAAUCUUAAAUUUUACAAAAACAUUUUUUAAAUUUGUACAAUCAGAUGAACAUAUCCUUUUAUAUAACGCCAUAAUUAAUUAUUACGAGUAUUUCAUUACCUUUAUUGAAGAAAAAAGUGACACCAUGCAAAAUAUAAUUGUAAAUAUUAUAUACAUAGUAUAUAAUAUGGAGCAAACUAAAUUCCGAACACAGCAUGGAUUUGAUGUGAAGAAGGAAGAAAAAAUAAAAAAUAAUAAUAAUAAUAAUAAGAACAAAAGUAAUUAUAAUUAUAAUUAUUAUAAUAAUUAUUAUAAUAAUUAUCCUUAUGAGGAUAAGUCUGUUGUCGUAAGAGAAAGCGGGGAAAUAUUUAAUGACGACGAUUUGUAUAAUUUAACUUUUGAGCAACAAAAAAUGGACGAUGAUAAAAAUAAAAAUACGCAAACAUACAAAAAUGUUAAUAAAUAUAUGGAUAAUAAGGAGCAUAGUAAGGUAUAUAAAUAUUCUUUAUAUUAUGGUAAGGAUGGUAAGGAUGGUAAUAAUAAUAAUAAUGAUAAUAAUGGUAAUGAUGGUAAUAAUGAUAAUAAUGUGAAACCAGAAUGCGAUUCAAAUAUGACAAAGGUGCAAAAAAAUUAUGAGAAUAAGAAAUAUGAUUGGAGCUCAGAUAUUAGAGAUAAUUAUGUUGAUUUCUUUUAUAUAAAGCUUUUUGUGGAGAGCAUAGAUGUUAUAUGUCAUUAUAUAGAAGAUUCAGAGAUUAUAAUGAACAUAAUAAAUGAAUCUUCUAAUAUGAAUGAAAAGAAUAUGCUCUAUCAAAAUGUAGAAGAGAAUAUUAUUAAUGAUAAAAAUAUAAAUUAUAAGAAAGCAACAAAAAAAAAUUUUAUACAUAAUAUUAUGGAAUCAUUAAAAGUUAGUCUACAAACAUUAUGUAAUAGUUCAUUUUUCCUUUCGAAAAAAAAAAUAUUUAACAACGUUUUAAAAGAAUGUUCUUUUAUAAAUAAAUGUAUAGUUGAUGAAUAUUUAAUAAGUAUAAUAAAUUAUGUAUCUUUUGAUUUGAAUGUAUUUGUAAAUAUAAAUUUAAAAGUAAAUCAUUUUGAUCGUACAAAUUUUAUUACAGAAAAUAAAUUGCUUUUAUAUUUCUCAGACAUUCAAAAUGAUAUAAAGAAUAUAAUAGAAAAGAAAUGCAAUGAACUUAAUAAUAAGGAUAUAUUUCAUUCCUAUUUCUUUUCGUUUGUUCUUUAUUUUAAUUUUAUAUAUAAACAUGAUACAGAAUUUUUAUUAUUAUAUAUUAAUAUGUAUAAUAUAUUGUAUGAAAUUAUAUAUAAUAUAAAGGAAGAAAUCAAAAAUAAAAAAAAAUCAAAACAACCGAACAAUCUUGAUCAUAAUAAUAAUAAUAAUAAUAAUAAGUAUGAUAAUAACAAUAAUAAGUAUGAUAAUAUGAACUACGUAUCAAUACAAAUGAAAGAAGAUUUUUAUAAAUCCAAUGAAGUAUGUGAAUAUGUUAAAAAUAUUAUAAACAUAUUUCUUAAAUCUUUAAACAUAUUCAACAAUAUUAUAAAUAAUUAUGAAUCAUUUGGUGCUUAUCUUUUUGAAAAGACUUAUGCUACAUACAAGUCUAAAAAUGUUUUUAAUAUCAUAUCAAAAUGUAUGAUCGAAAAAAACGAUAAUAUAUUUAAUUAUCCACAUAAAAUAGAUAAAAAUAUUUGUCAAAUACAUCAAUACUUUUUUAAGCACACAUUUCCAAAAAAAAAUUUAAAUGAACAAGAAAAUAAAAAUUUAAAUGAACAAGAAAAUACAAAUAGGAAUGACCAAGGUGAACAUAGAAAUGAUAAUGUCAAAAAUGAUGGGGAAGAUAAUAAUCAAACAUAUAGCCAACAUACCACAGAUAAUUAUACGAACAAAAACAAAGUGCAUAAGAAUGAUAAUAUAUCUUCAAAUAAAAACAUUACAGAUAUCUUUUCAAACUUAUCUUUAAACAUUGAAGAUAUAGAUACACAUGAAUGCGGAAAACAACUUUUAAAAUCAUCGUUAUGUAAAUUGAAUGAAAUAAAAAAUACAAUUCUGAAGAAUAUUAUUCACUUUACAUUAAUUCCAAUAUAUGAUUAUAUUAAUAAAUAUAUAAAUAGUUUCAUAACAUAUUAUAAAAAUAAUCAAGUAAAAGACAUAAAAGAAAAUAUAAAAGAUAAUAAUAUAGAUAUACAUGAAAAGGGAAAUCAUAAAGAUCCAAAUGAAUAUAUUUGUUUUAUUGUAGACACCAUUUUUGUUUAUAUGGAAAUAUUAUAUGAACAUAAAUGUGAACAUUUACUAGAACAACUUUUAUUACUCUUUGAAGAAAAUUAUGUUCUUUCUAUACAUAAUUUAAAAGAUAUAAAUACACAUAUCCUUUUACAAAUACAAACAGAUUUACAAUAUUUAAUAAAUAUUUAUAAAAAGUUACAAAAUAAAAAUUAUAAGCAUUUCUUAAUCCUUUAUAUUUCUAUAUCCUUCUCUCUAACCAAUACAGAUGUAACAAAUUUACAAAUAUCUUUUGAGAAAUAUAUAAAUGACUACAUCAGGAUCGAAUAUAAUUCUACACUCCUUAAUUUUAAUAUAAAUAAUGAUGAUAUAUUAAAAGCUACAUCAUACAUCAAACAAUUAAUAACAUAA